AUGACAGAAGAUUCAUCAAUAUCAAAAAGUGUAACUCAUCUGACAAGUAAUCAUUGGAUUCAAAGGCUUACAAAGAAAAAUGGUGGGAUCAAACUAACAGCCGAAACUGCUGCGACAAUUGCGGCAAUAAAAGCAACUGUUGUUGUGUUCCAAAAUGCGAAGGUAAAUGUUGUUGCUCUGAUGGACAAUCUUGUUGCACAACUGACAAGCAACCUAACAACCCAACUGAGAAGCAAUGCUGCUGCUCAGCUGAUAAACAAUGUUGUUGCUCAAGUGACAAGCAACCUAGCUGCCCAACUGGGAAGCAAUGCUGCUACUCAGCUGAUAAACAAUGUUGUUGCUCAAGUGACAAGCAACCUAACAGCCCAACUGAGAAACAAUGCUGCUGUUCAGCUGACAAACAAUCUUGUUGCACAACUGACAAGCAACCUAGUUGCCCAACAGGAAAGCAAUGCUGCUGCUCAGCUGACAAGCAAUCUUCUUAUCCAACUGCAGGACAAUGUUGUGAAACGAGCUGCAAAUGUUAAACAGAAGAUUAUCCCAUAUUAUUCUAUACAGUAUUAUAUCGAGAGCAGUUAAUAGAUUAUAUUACUAUCAAAUAAAAACUUAACGCAAUUGAAA